AUGGAGGCGGCAUCGGCGCGGAUGGCCGCCCGCGACCGCUACGGCGGGUGGGGGGAGGCGCCCACUUCACAGCUGCAGCGCUUCAUAUUAAACGCGUGCGACCCGCAGAAUUUCGAGCCCAAUCUGGCCUUGAACCUCGAGAUUAGCGACCUGAUUAAUACGAAGAAGGGAUCUACGCCUCGGGAAGCCGCUGUUACCAUAGUUCACUAUGUUAAUCAUCGCAAUCAGAAUGUUGCCUUACUCGCACUCAACCUCCUCGACAUCUGCGUCAAAAACUGCGGAUAUCCGUUUCACCUUCAGAUUAGCACCAAAGAAUUCCUGAAUGAGCUAGUCCGCCGCUUCCCCGAACGUCCUCCGGUCCACCCGUCGCGUGUACAGAAUCGGAUACUUGAGCUGAUAGAGGAAUGGCGGCAAACCAUAUGUCAGACCUCACGGUACAAGGAGGAUCUAGGCUUUAUACGGGAUAUGCACCGGUUACUCAGCUACAAGGGCUAUAUAUUUCCUGAAGUCCGAAAAGAAGACGCGGCUGUGCUGAACCCAAGCGACAAUUUGAGAUCAGCCGAAGAGAUGGAGGAGGAAGAACGAGAGGCACAGUCCGCAAAACUGCAGGAGCUCAUUCGGCGUGGAGGCCCACAGGAUCUGCAAGAGGCCAACAAGCUGAUGAAGGUCAUGGCGGGUUACGACACCAGAAACAAGACAGAUUGGCGCGCAAAGGCUGCAGAAGAGGUUUCACGGAUACAGCAGAAGGCCAGAAUCCUUGAGGAGAUGUUGCAAGGGUACAAACCCGGAGACGACAUCAAAGAGGGCGACGUGUUCGAGGAACUGGCCAACGCACUUCAAAGCGCCCAUCCGAAGAUCCAGAAGAUGUGCGAAGAAGAGUCGGAAGACACCGAGGCCGUUGCAAAGCUUUUCGAAAUCAACGACAGCAUAAAUCGAACAAUAGAGCGAUAUAGAUUAUUCAGAAAGGGCGAUAUCGAAGCGGCGAACAGGAUUCCUCAGGGCACACUAGGCACGAGCGGAGCUGGUGUCUCCAAGGGUCCGAACAAUGAGCUCAAUCUGAUCGACUUUGGUGACCCUGAACCAGCACCGGCAGCUUCAGAUUCCGCACCUGUCACCUCAGAACAGCCUGCGCAAAAGGGUAACGCGCUGGAGGAUGAUCUCUUGGGUCUCUCCCUGGGCGGCCCCAGCUACGGUCAAAGCGGUAGUAUAUCGUUGGGCGGAUCUAAUGGUUCAGUACUUGGACUCUCUGGCAUGCCAGUCCCACAGUCACCACAUCCCCCACAACAGCAAACCACUGCGCAGUCGAUUGUCGACCUGUUCGGUUCUACAUCGAAUCUUGGCUCUUCUCAACAGAUGCCCUCAACUCUACCAUCUGCACGCGCUCAACCCCUGCCGCAACCAGCUCGCACUCCUGACCCUUUCGCCGCUCUGAAUUCGCCGACACCCCGCCAAAGCUCGCCUAUGAACUUCCAGCAAUCCGUCAAGCCUCCACCUGCGGCAUUAGCGCCUGUUGAUCUUCUUGGAGGGGCAUUACCUGCACCAACUUCCAGCUUGGCACAAAGCAGCACGGCUGCCGCCAACGAUGACGAUGAAUGGACAUUCGCCUCAGCUGUGCCUGACACUUCGACGGAGAUCACAGUAAACAACACGGUCAUCAAUGUGGUCUUCAAGGUCUCUAGAGAAUCAGACACCGUUCUCCUGAUACAAAAUCACAUAUCGAACAAUACUCCUCAACCCAUAUCAGACCUUACUUUUCAGGUAGCAGCAUCGAAGGGCGCACAGUUGCAAUUAGAACACCAAUCAGGUGUCACACUCGCUCCCAACCAGCGCAAUGGCAUCACGCAAAACAUACGGCUCAACGGCGUACAACGAGGGUCUGGUAGCAGCAUCAAGAUGAGGUGGAAAGUGACAUAUUCGGUAGGAGGUCAAAGCAAGAACGAGAUGGGCGAGAUUCCCUUCCUUAGCGUACCAUGA